GCAACUCGUCGCCUUUCACAGUUGUCUUCACAAUAUACGUAUACGGAGACUGGCCCAUGACAGCAAUGAGCAGCAAAUUGGUAAUAAUUCUGUUUGGCGCGUGCUUGCUCGUGCUACAUGCACCUUACGCUGCUGCCCAGGAGAUAGGUAUUCCCGAAUUCUCUUUUGGGCCAGUGGGUGGUGACGAUGGUGCUCAAGAGAUAGACAUCCCCGAAUCCCUUCCAGAGACAGUGGAUGGCGACGAUGGUGCUCUGGAGAUAGGCAUUCCCGGCGAUGGUGACUUUGGAGGCGAGCUGCCUACUGGAAUCGGGCCAGUCAUCGAAACGAGCAGCGAGGGCAGCAAUUCUACAGAACAGACGACAACCGAGACCGAGGCCGAGGCGGAGGCCUCUACCACCGAACAAGAAUCCCGUGUUGGCAAAAGCAACUCGAGGCACAUUGCAAACUCAAGGACUGCAUCUCACGCCAAAGCCAGGACAGCUGCUAAAGCCAGGACAAUAGCCAAAGCCAGGACAAUAGCCAAUGCCAGGACAGCUGCCAAAGCCAGAACAGCUGCCAAGAAGGCAAGCAGAGCAGUGCACAAAGCGUGAUCACAGCUUCAACCUGGAUUCUGCGUCUCCAUGUUAUCAACUAAUAAAUGAUUAACUUGUGUUGUGUAUCCUGAUUUGGGCAGGUUAUUUCUCCAAGUGAUUUUGAAGUAAAGAUCUUGUUUAACGGAAGAAA